GUGAGAGAGUGCGGUUGAUCCUAUUGAGUCAGUCUUCAGUAAGACAGCAGGGAGAGAGGAUCAUGCGGCUGAGAAACAUUUUUUCCCAUCAACUCCACUGGCGAUCACCACCACCGCCCCGACCCCCACCAUUAUCAUCAUCAUCAUCACCAUCAUCAUCAUCAUCAUCAUCAUCAUCAUCAUCAUCAUCAUACAACCGAGCCCAUGUUGAGGAAUAAUGUCAGCAAACAACAGCACUGUGGCUCAACAGGUGAGCGACUACACCUGCGUGCGCUUUUACGUGUCCACCGUGUCCUUCUCAGUGCUGCUCUUCUUCAACCUCAUCAUCAACUGGACCAUAGUUCGCGUGCAGCGGCUCCGGAGUCACGCCCGCUUCGUGCUGGUGUUCCACCUCCUGGUGUCCGCCCUGGUCCACCUGGGGAUGAGCAGCGUCUUCUACUACCAGAUCCACAGGGACGCGCGGCCAGUGCGCUCCGCCUGCCUCGCCAUGAUCACCGUUUUGAUCAGCAGCGCCUCCAACAUCCUGCUGACGCUCACGGUGAUGGCUUUGGACCGCUACUGCGCAGUGUGCCACCCGAUGCGCUACACCUCCACCUGCACCUCGGGCCGCUGGCCCUGGCUGCUGGGUGCGCUCACCUGGGUCGUGGCCUUGGUGAUUCCCCUCAGUCUGCUCCUGCACCCGGACUCUGGGGACGCAGGGACCGGCUAUGACGGGGUGUGUGGCCUGGAGCAGCUGAGGAAAGGCCAGCUGCAGAAGGUGCUGUUCAUAGGUCUGUGCACGCUGCUCAUACUGUACAGCUAUGUGAGGAUACUGGUGGAGGGGCGGCGGUUGGGGGUGGUGAAUCGGCGCAACCGGGCCGGGUGCAGGACGAUCGCGCUACACGGGAGCCAGCUGGCGGUUUACAUCCUCCCCAACUUUGUGAACUUCGUGCUGACGGUGUUGAUCGACCAGAGGCUCAUACAGGCAGAGACCAAAGAGCUGUCCGCCGUGGUUGUCUUUGCUUUCUUUAGUUUGGCGCAGUGCGUUGCGCCGGUUGUUUAUGGUUUGCGUAAAGAGGAACUUCUGGAGCAGUUGAGUCACAGGUUCCCCUGUUGCUCCCGAUACUUGAAGAGUUUCCUCGGCUGGAGUGUGCGCUCCAACUGGCCACACACUGAGCACAUAACACGGGAGCGAACACUGACAGCACAGACCAUCAUCUCCCUGCAGGUCUCGCAAGUCCCAGAGGAGGAAACGAGGCCGUUGUCGAUCAGGAGUUCCUCACAUGACUCUUAGACUCAUUUCAAGGCGGUACAGAAAAUGAAAUGAGUUUCAGGAUCCUGAUCGCAGUGGGAACAUUUGGAUAAGUGGCUCAGCUCAAAGGAACUAAAGGAACCACCUUGGACACAACAACCCCGACAAGGUUUCUUCCGAACCAGAGAAGGCUACAGGACCUGAUGUUGCAUCGAUGCCACACCACCACAAGACAUCAGCACGUCGUUCUAUUUCUGACCUUCAUCAGAGGAGCACACAUGCUGGUCCUCAUUGUACAUUUCCCUGGCUGGUCCAGGGAGUUAAGCAUCAGGUCGUCCGGUCUCUGAUCUCAAGGCCACAAACAGCACUCCAUCCUUUUGGAUUAAAAUGGACUGGGAUGGAGGAUAUACUUCGAUUUAUCGUCCGGUGAAUGUGGUUUCCCAGUGUUCUUAACCUUGUGGAUAUUAAAAACGAUCUUGCUGCCAUUGAGAGUAAAGUACUCUCCGCAGGGGGACUGAAUAGCUGUGGACCUGAUGGAGGCGGCAUCAGAGCCACUGGAUGGUUCGGUGAGACAGAAGGCCGCGAGAUGCUCACCUGCAGGGACACACAACGGAAACAAUGAAGCAGCUCUACAUUCUUCCUUCACCAGAUCUCACAAACACACACUCUCUCUCUCUCUCUCUCUCCCUCUCCCUCUCCUUACCUGUGGCGAGCUUUGGCAGGUACUUCUCCUUCUGGGCUGGAUUCCCAAAGAGCAGAAUGCCCUUGAAGCCAAUGGACUGGUGGGCGCCCAGAGUGAUGCCGACACCAAGGUCAUGGCUGCCAACAAUCUCAACCAGCCGGGCAUACUGUAACAUUGAGUUUAUCACAUUAGACUUGUUACACUAGCCCAGGGGUCAGCAACCUUUCCUAUCCAAAAAGCCAUUUGGCCCUAAUGUCCACCAAAUAAAAUGUGUCCUGAACUAGCCCGAACUAGCCCGUCUUCCUAGACACAAUUAACCACUUAAAAAUGUGGAAGAUAACCAUGAAUGUAAUCAGGCAGACGCACCUGUGUGUUUGAGAGACCAAGGCCACCCAGCUCAGCCGGCACCUGCAGGCCGAAGGCACCCAUCUCCUUCAGGCCCUCCAUGGUGUGAUCUUCUACCUUCUCCAAGGCAUCAUUCUUGGCAGCAUCGUUCACCUCCUGCCCACAGGAAGCAGAAACAGAAGGGUGAGGGGCGAGUGUAAGGUGUGUGGAGAAGUUGUGAGCAUGAGAUCAUGCAAAUUCAGCAAAAGAGAUGAAAGAGGAUAUUAUUUGAAAUUACUUGAAAGAAUUUGGAGACAGGCCCCACGAGCUCUCGGAGAAACUGCUCCUGCUCCUCAUUCAUGACUGCGGCAGACACAAAAGUUAUUUUACUUUUACAAACUUGAACUUUUUUCAUUUUCACUGAGUUUUUUAAUAAAAACGCUGGCAUUGUUUCAAAAGGAUAUGAACGUAAUCUCCUCAAAUUUACCUGAGGGGUAGGGGAACACCUGGGCAGUCGCGAUCUGCCCCUUGAAAAUGUUGACAGCAUAGGAUUUGGAUUCCUGUUGAAAGUUAAUUCAUUAUUAAACAUUUUGAUAAUU